UUGGGAUGAAACUUGAAGGAGACUCCGUAGUCUGGAGUGUGACAAACGGAGAUAGAGCGAUUACAUACCGCCAUGGCAGCCGCAUGCUGCUCUGCGCCAUGGAUUCUCAGAAGAGCUGCCCGAGCUCUCGCUCUCUCUCAUCACAACCGCCAUCAUACUCAUAUUCGGACUUCGCACGUAGAAAGUCUCAACCAUCGCUCGCACUUCAACAAUUUCCGCCUGUCACCUCUCGCUUCUCCUGUUCGACAAUCAGCUUCCCAGAUAUGUCAGCUGGCACAAGCUGCAAAAGGAAGCGUGGAUGAUCUACUCAAAGGAGUGGUGGAUAAAAAUAUCACUGGUGAAGUGAAGCAUAUCCUUGAAAUGGCUAAUCGGGCGUCAAUGUGGAAAAUAGUGUUGCAUACUGAUUUUCUAACCCCACCAGUGUUGAAAGAGUCUAUGCUUCUGCUGGAGAAGUUUGCUGAUGUCAAGGCAAUUGCUCAAGGAGGUUACCCACAGGCCGAACGCUGUAGGAUUUCUAUUGGACAUGUUGAAACUUUGACAAGUGAACCUGAUGCAGUUGCAGCAUUGAGUAUCACAGGUAGCUUUUCCUUCGGAUCUUAUUCUCAUGGAGACUUCCUUGGCGCAAUUCUUGGUACAGGGAUUACUCGGGAAAAGCUUGGAGAUAUUAUCUUGCAGGGUGCAAGGGGUGCUCAAGUCCUUAUUGUUCCUGAGCUUGUGGAUUACGUAAUGUCUACAUUGGACAGGAUUGGAAGUAUUCGAGUCUCCUGUACAAAGAUACCAUUGGAUGCCCUUGAAUAUGAACCACCAAGGACCCAAUCAUUCAAAUCUGUGGAAGCAUCCGUAAGGGUCGAUGCUCUCGCAAGUGCUGGAUUUAAGAUCUCUCGAACAAAACUAUCCGCCCUUAUCAGUAGUGGAGAUGUACGCGUUAAUUGGGCCACUGUAACAAAAAGUGGGUAUACGCUGAAGAGUGGUGAUGUUGUCUCUGUCAGUGGAAAAGGCAGGCUAAAGAUCGGAGAAAUAAACGCGACGAGGAAGGGCAAGUUUGCGGUUGAGCUUAUUAGAUAUCUUUGAGUGAAUGGAGGUACUUCAUCAAGUAAUUUACCAGGCAUGAAAAGCUACUACGAUUCAGCGCUCUCAGAAUAUCCACUUGCAAAACGUCUACAGGUGCAUCAUUGUUGAUGCCAAAGAACUAUAUCUGGUGGGAACCUGGUAAAGGCUCGAGGGCACAUCCAAUCUUUCAGUUUGACAAGCGUCUUGCUUAUCUUGUGAUUGUUUGGUCCGAGGAGCUUCUUUUCAAUGCUUAUGCAGAUUAAACAUUCACAUACUUUGAUGUAGAAGCAUGUGCUUAUAUUUCCAGUAGAGCUAAGAUUCCAAAUAUCAGCGACAAGCAGGGCCAUCUCCAUCUCGUUAGAGCUCCUGCUUAUGGCUUCUGCCCUCAAACCCGGGCCUUGUAAGGUUGUAGUGAUCUCAUUGAACUAUACGUCGAGCCUCUUUUAAAACAGAUUUGGUUUUAUUUUGGUCAUGAA